UUGCCGCGCUGCAAUCUUUGCUACAUUUUCGCUUUGAAUGAAUGUACGCGGGCACCACGUGACGCCAGAGAGAGAGAGAAGGUGCAGACCGGACUGGCUUGUCUGGGCAGCCGUGCAUCGGUCGGCGUACGAGUGGAUCAGUUGACGGCAGGGCGUACUACAGCGAAGCACACGUGCGGAAUCGUCCCGAGUAAAAGCAAGCCGGUAAUACAUUCGCGGGUGCCGUUUGCGAGAAUUCCAGGGUGUGCCGAGGCAUCUAACUGAACGGACACCGACAAUGGCUCCCAUAGUCGGCUACUGGGACGUCCGUGCCCUGGCGCAGUUCAUUCGCAACCUGCUCGUCUACAAGGGAGUCCAGUUCGAAGACAAGCGGUACAAGUUCGGCCCGGCGCCGGACUUCGACCGCUCCGACUGGCUCAAGGAGAAGUUCACGCUGGGUCUCAAGUUCCCCAAUCUGCCGUACUACAUCGACGGAAACGUCAAGAUCACGCAGAGCUUGGCCAUCCUGCGUUACCUGGGAAGGAAGCACGACCUAGCCGCCAGGAACGAAGACGAGACCCUGGAGCUGGACGUUCUCGAACAGCAGGCCCGAGAUCUGACCACGCGGCUCAUCUUUGCCACGGCCCCGAACCCAAACUACGAAGAGACGAUCAAGGCGUACGCCGACAACAUCGACAACGUGCUGAAGCCCUGGGAAGAGCACCUGGCCAACCGCGAGUGGGCCCUGGGAGACAGGCUGACGUACGUGGACUUCCUGCUCUACGAAGGGUUCGACACUCACCGCGAGUUCAAGGGCGACGCCGUGCAGCGGUACCCACGCAUCGUCGCGUACCUGAAGAGGUUCGAGGAACUGCCCAACCUGAAGGAGUACUUCGCGUCGGACAAGUACCACAAGUAUCCCAUCCUGGGACCCCACCGCAAGUGGGGCUUCAAGAAGUGAAACGCCCCCACUGGCUCCUGGCAUGCCCAGUUGGAGGCGCAGUUACCGCGCCGCUGCUCGCCUCCCGAAUAAUAAAGGUCCGUUACCUGAAUAAAGUGAUCCACUGCGAUAUCGGUACUGCAAUACCCA